AUGGAGAAUAGCGAUAAUAUUGAUGAGCAAAAGAGUGCUGUUCAUAAGAAAAAGAUGAAGAUUAUUGAUAUUGAUGAGCACGAGAGUGCUCUUGAUAAGAAAAAGAAAAAGAUGAAGAUUAUUGAUAUUGAUGAGCACGAGAAGGAGGAGAAUCAUGCUGAUGAGGAAGAUGAAGUGGAAGAGAUUGAGAUGGAGAUGGAGACGGAGAAGAAAAUUGAAGUUGAUGAGCAACAACAGCCUUUGGUUUCUUCGUUUCUUGAAGUUGUUGCUGGGCAGACGGUCAAGACUGCUGUAGAUUAUUUACAAGCAACAAACUGGAAGGUUGAAGACGCAGUUAGGUUAUAUUAUAGUCAAGACGUGCGUGGUGGUCUUUGGGGUUCUAGUCAAAGUGAUAACUCCUAUCAAGAUGAAGAUGAUAAUGAGGAUAGUGGUGGUGGUGCUUGGCAGAAUACUUUCCAUGUGGCAAAACAAGUUGCUGAAACACAAGACCGGUGGUUGAUUGUAAAUGUGCAGUCUAAAAAAGAAUUCAGCUCUCAUGAGCUUGACCUGCAUACAUGGGGAAACGAAGCUGUCGCCCAGACUAUCGGCGCUAAUUUCAUCUUUUGGCAAGUUUAUGAUGAUGUUACUGAAGGUCAGAAGUUGUGCACCUAUUAUAAGUUGACAUCUUUUCCUGCAAUCCUUGUUUUGGACCCAAUCACAGGGCAAAACGUGAAAUCAUGGACCGGAAUGGUUGAAGCUGUGCAGUUGUUGGAGGAUUUAGCACCUUUCAUGGAUGCAGGUCCUAAACAUCAUUACGCUCAACUGUAUCCUAAACGUCCAUCCGAAACCUCCCAGACUAGUGAAAAACAAGAAGCCACAGUACCUGUAGCUCCAGCUUCUAUUGACAUAGAUGAAUUGAUGAUUGACGAACCAGUAACCUCCUCAAGCAAGAAGGUUACAUAUCCUGAUCUCCCUGAAGAGCCAAUGGUGGAGAAAGCACUUCUCUGCAGAGUUGGAGUUCGCCUUCCUGAUGGACGUAGACUUCAGCGGAAUUUCCUUCGAACAGAUCCGCUUCAGUUGUUAUGGUCUUUCUGUAGCUCCCAGCUUGACGAAGCAGAGUCUCGGCCUUUCCAGCUGACUCAAGCCAUCCCAGGUGCAUCAAAGAUUCUUGACUUCGAAAGCAAGCAAACGUUCGAGGAGUCGGGAUUAGCAAACUCAAUGAUCUAUUUUGCUUGGGAUUGA